UCCAGCUCCUGCCAACCUAGCAGUUCGAAAAAAAUGCCAAUGUGAGUAGAUCAAUAGGUACCGCUCCGGCGGGAAGGUAACGGCACUCCAUGCAGUCAUGCCAGCCACAUGACCUUGGAGGUGUCUACGGACAACGCUGGCUCUUGGGCUUAGAAAUGGAGAUGAGCACCAACCCCCAGAGUCAGACACGACUGGACUUAACGUCAGGGGAAACCUUUACUUUACCUUAUCUUUGAGUUCCAAUUAACGAAGAGUUCCCUGUCUAUUAGAAAGGCCUGAUUGAUGUCAAAAGUUGUCUGUUGGGACCAAAAAGGGAACCCAAGACGGAGGGACCCACCUUUCGCUCAGGUUUCUCCUUCUCAGCUUCUGGGAAGAACAAGGGCCUUUUGAAUGAAGGCAGAGAAUGAAAGGAUAAAGGGAGCCAAAGCGAGGCACAGGUGGGGCUUUCUCUCUCUCUCUCUCUCUCUCCCUCCCAGGCUUGAAAGCGCAGUGUCACGAUGGGCCAGGACAAGGUCCAAAGACGAAGAAGACCCCCGGUUCCCACCGAGAGAUAAAAGGAGCCCUGUGUUCGAAGGACCGCGGGACGGAGCCCAGUUUGCAACCAGAGGAAGAUCAAAAUCGAGAUUUGGCUUCGCUGGGCAGAUGGGAGAACAAAGGACAAAGGGCUUGGAUCCCUCAAGGAGAAAGACCCUCCAUUCUGGCCUGGAGCUGAGCCAGGCGCCCAAAGCAUCCAACCGCAAGCUGGCGAUUGUGACGAUCGGGGCCGUCUCCGUCCUCUCCAUCAGCCUCGUGGGCGUCCUGUUGGCUACCUACCUGGGACAGGCCACUUGCGGCCAGAGAGACCCGUUGAACUACCUGCCGCCCCAAGUCAAUGUCCAGAAUGAAGCCUCGCUCUUAUUGGCACUGAGCGAAUUGGGUGAAGCAGGAGCAGCGCCAGGAAUCACCUGCGACCUUAGAAAUCACCUGAUGGUGUAUCACGGCCAACUGGAAGGAUGUGUGGCCCGGAAAAUGGACGCCUCCGAGCCGAUGCCCUCCUGCCAAGACUUGGAGAUAUAUUUCCAAGCGGUCCUGAAAAAUGCUACACUGGGCAUGGCAGCGGAGGUGCAGCUCGUGGAGCCGGGGUCUCUGGGCAGCUUGGCCACCUUGCUUUGCAGCAACAAGCCCACCUAUCUGCUCGGCAGUUUCAUCUCUUCACCAAGGCAUUCCACAAUGGCAUAAAAGAAGUUGGAAAGCUCUUCAACGGCCCUGUUGGUUUUCCUUCUUCCUCCCCAAAUCCUAACCUAAGACAACAACACAACAAGCAAGAAAACUAUCAAGGCCUAUGUGUCAUGCUCCCUUCUCUGUUCCUUCAUCCAGCAAUAGACAAAUGAAUAGAUCAAACUAUGA